AUGAAGCGCUGGGAGGUGUCUGUUUGCAAGAAGGCCCCGGCUGAUGUUCGCCUUGCAAUGAAGUCCGAGUACGAGAAGCAGGCUACGGAUGCAGAGGAGAGGCGCCGAUCCACUGAGGCUGCGAUUGCCGCGGUGAAACCCAGUGGGAAGCGGGCCCGCAUGACCGACUAUCUCGAGGGUGACGCAGCAGCGGAAAAACACGAAGCACUUCGGUCGCUUGCGCUGAUGUUUGCCGGAUGUCACAUCAUGGAGCAGAUCGUCGACUAUCCUCUCUUCGUCAACGCAAUCAAAGACGUCGCCCGCGCCGGCCACGGCUAUGUUUCUCGAGGGCAGAAGUACACCGGCGGUACCGGUGUGCAAGCUUGCUGGCAAGGCAUUGAAAGCCGGUCGGGGAUGAUGCGGCGCAUAUAUGACAUUAGGCUCCAACUCACCGAUAAUGUAGGGGACCUUGUCGACGCGGAUGAGGGGCAGUUGAGCAACAAUGACAAUCAGCAGAUCUGCCACAUCUUGAAAAACAGGUGGGACGGGAGUCUUGCGUGCGCCAUGCACGUGGCACGAUGCAUCCUCAACCCCGCCAACCAAUCGGAGGACAUACUUGGUGGGAAUGCCGAAUGGACUAGGAUAUUUAAGGCCUUCAUCUCCAACCAUGCGAAGUUCCUGAGCAGCAGCCGUCGGAAGGAGGGGGAUGAUGAGUGCGACUACUUGCUCACCUUGGGGGACCAGUUGAGGUCUUCCCUUGAUCUCAAAGGGAGUUUUGGGAUGGCUGACGCUAUUGCACAGAGGGAGAAGGUAAAGGCGGGCACUUACAGCAUGGUUACAUGGAACAGGGCAGAUGCGCCCCAGCUGACGGCGCUCGCCGUAAGGGUUCUCUCGCAACCCGUCUCAGCUUCUCCUUGUGAGCGUGGUUGGGCAGGGUGGGAAUCAGUCCACACUGCCCGCCGGAACCAUGUUGAAUCCGCCAAAUGCACGGAUUUGGUGUACGUUGCACACAACUGGAACGUUGUGCGCAACUGGCACACGCGUGAUGAUGUGAUGCCCUCAAUCGUUCGCGGGAAUGAGGUGGAGCCGCCCAUCCCCGCUGGCUACAAGGUCGCGGAUGAGAUGGAGGAAGGUGAUGACGAAGUCUUGGCGGACGAGUUUGAGAAGCAACUCUCAUCCAACCUUCUCCCGUCACUUGCCCCUCCCCCCUUCAGCGAAAUCUCUCACAACUACCUUACCGGCCGCGCACUGAAGCCUCUAGCUGCGCGCACCCUGGAUCUCUCCAGCAACUUCCUCUCGGGCCCUCUGCCCAACGGGGCAUGCCAACCUCUUUCUUUUGAUGCCAACUGCUUCACGCUGCCACUGGGCUCUGCCUUGGUGCCGCAGCGGCAGGAGGCAGCAUGCAAUGCAUUCUGUGGCGUCUCUUCUGUAGCUGGUGGUGCUGCUGCGUGUGGUGGACAUGGGGUGUGCUAUCCACAGGGGCCUAGCUUGGCACCCACAUGUCUGUGUGAUGCAGGAUUCGUGCGAUCUAGAGACAUCGGCUGUGUUGCUCAAGGCCAAAACAGGAGUUACUCUAGCAGCCAGCUGAUUCUCCCACCAGCUUCUGCGCUCACCAAAGGGACACAGCGGGAGACGAGGGGGAGCUUCACGGCAGCGCCAGUGACGCUGUUUGUGUAUGAGGCAGGGCAGGCGCUGUCAGGGUGUGGGCUGCAACUCGCCUUCCAUGCCAACUUCAGCUUCUCCCUCUUUCCUCAAUCCGGUCGCGUUGGCUUCAACGGCUUUGCCUUUGUUGUCUCGGCAACCGACCGGGUGGGGAGAGGCACCGGUGUGGGGUAUGGGGGAAUGGACAAGCGGAGUGAGAAGCCACAGAAGGCGGUGCUGGAGAGGAGGCUGGCGCUGUGUGAGGUGCUGCAGGGUGGGGCGGAGCAGCACACCUUCUUCUUUGGCUUUGUGGCCUGCACCACCGUGAAGCCGUUUCAGAAGCACGUCAUUCUUGAAUCUACAGUGGACACAUUCACACGUACUCCAGCCUAUGGCCUGCAGCUAUUAACAAACACGUACAUGCCAGCAUGGGCCAGCCCCUUCCCGCGCUACGUGAGUGCGGACUACCGAGUGGCGCCCAGCAAGCAGGACUCGUGGGUUGUCAGCGACUUCCACUCCUGGGACUCCGUGCCCUUUCUCGGCUGGCCCGUCAAGGACCAGAAGGACUGCAAUGCUUGCUGGGCGUUUGCGCUGGUGGCGAGUGUGGAAGCGGCAUACGGCAUUGCAACGAAUGGAGAGGCGCCGCAGCUGUCAGUAGAGUCGCUCUUUGCAGCCAUGGGGCUCACUUCCAAGACCUUCAAGUACCAGGAUCCUUGCUGCUACACCGGCAGACUGAACCACGUUGUACUCGUUGUUAGCUACUUCGUCUUCAGAAAUGACGGCAGCCAAAAUCGCAUUGCACCCCCAUUUUGGAUUAUCCGCAACUCGUGGGGAGUGGAGUGGGGUGACAGAGGCCACAUGCGUAUGGACAUUCAGGGAGGUGAUGGCGUGUGUGGCAUCAACGUGCUGCCUGGCAUCUACCCCAUUGUCAAGAUGGACGUGUGUGGGUCUGACUUGAAGAGCCCCUGCUAUGUGGGCACAUGCAUCAACGACGGCAAGGGCUCCUACUCUUGCAUCUGCCCUCCCAACUACGUUGAAAGCACAAUCAUUGACAGCUUCCCCACCUGCGACCCUGGUGCUGCUCUUUGGCCUUCCAACACCACGGCCAGCACCUUGGCAGUGAGUGGAAGCAAUUGGUCGUGCUCUGAUGUCCUCCCUCUUGUGGGCCUCUCACUUGCACAAUUCACGCAGAAUAAUCCGAGCGACACAUGCUGGUCCAUCAGCACGCAGCUGGGCCUCACCAACAGCAACCUCACUGCUCUCAAUCCUGGGCUCGACUGCUUUGAGCCCAUCAAGGCGAGUCGCUCUCUGUGUGUCGAACGCAAUGCCACCUUCGCUUUCACGGUCCCUCAGUGCUCGCAAUACGGCAUGCUCACACCACAGGACACCUGCGAGCGCCUGCUGCGGCAGGUGGCGGGGAGUGAGGGCGACCCAACAGGGGCAGGGGAGGUGAAUGCCAUGCGCUGGGCUGAGCUGUACCGCAACAAUUCCGGCCUCAUCUGCUCCGAUGUCAUCCCGAUCACCGCCUCUGCUGUUGGAAGCAACACCGGCGUGCAGGUGAGUGGUGGAGGGUAG